AUGCCUGUCGACCGUGCAUGCCGGAGCUAUGCGGGGUCGCCGGGGUCCCUUGCCUCGACGGUGAAGAAUGGUUUCUGA